AUGAACAAAGCCCUUCUCUUAGGAAUAUCGAUUUUCCUCGUCGUUGGAGCAGUCGUUAGUCUAAUUGCCGGAGUAAAUCAUCGUCGUUUGACCACAGACGAGGACGGUCAGGUGCUCUCCACCACCACCAAGUUGGUUGCUACCGUUUGUUCCCAAACCGAUUAUAAGAGGGCGUGCGUCGAUAGCAUGUCGUCUUUGGCCAACAAUGCUAGCGCCACUCCAAAUGAUUUUCUCCAGGCCGCAAUUAAUGUAGCCAUUGAAGAGGUGCAAGCUGCAAUGAAUAGGUCUUUAAAGAUUGGACAAGCAGCCAAUGACUCGUUCCAAAAGAUGGCGGUCGAGGAUUGCAAGGAGUUACUGGAAUAUGCUGUUGAGGAGCUCCAGGCAUCAUAUUCCAUGGUGGGUGAUAGUAACUUGCAUACGGCCGCAGACAGAGAAGCCGAGCUAAAAAACUGGUUAAGUGCCGUUAUCUCGUACCAGCAAACCUGCAUAGAUGGCUUCACAACCCCAGAGCUUAAGAAUGCAAUAUCAAAUGGAAUUCUAAAUGCUACUCAGUUAACUGACAAUGCUCUUGCCAUUGUCACUGCCAUUCCUCAAAUUCUGCAGGCAUUUAACCUUCCAUUACACACGGCUGCAACUGCAAAUUCAACUUCUCGGAGAUUGCUCAAUAAUAAUCGUGAUAUGUUGGACAACAGUGGGUUCCCUGCCUGGUUCUCGGCUGGAGACAGACGACUGAUGGCCAGCCAAAGCGGGGGACAACCAGCACCUAAUUCGGUGGUAGCCCAAGAUGGAAGUGGACAGUACAAAAGUAUCAAUGAUGCUCUUGCAGCAUAUCCCAAGGACCUCAAAGGGAGGUAUGUUAUCUACGUCAAGGCAGGAGUUUACAAUGAAUAUGUGAUAGUCACCAAGAAGCAGGUUAAUGUGUACAUGUAUGGAGAUGGACCCCGAAAGACCAUUGUCACUGGAAAAAAGUGUAGACGCGACGGUACCCAAACCUUCCAGUCUGCCUCAUUCAGUGCAAUUGGAAAUGGAUUUAUAGCCAAGUCAAUGGGAUUUCAAAACACAGCAGGGCCUGAGGGACACCAAGCUGUGGCUCUUCGAGUGCAAUCUGACCAAUCUGCGUUCUAUAACUGCAGAAUGGAUGGGUAUCAAGACACACUCUAUAUCCAAACCCAUCGUCAAUUCUAUCGUAACUGCGUCAUCUCUGGAACGGUCGACUUCAUAUUUGGAGAUUCAGCAGCAAUCAUCCAAAACAGUUUGAUCAUAGUAAGGAAGCCAAUGGACAACCAAGAGAACACAGUGACAGCACAUGGACGAAGUAAUAGUCGGGAGACAACCGGUGUAGUAAUCCAGAACUGCAGAAUAGUUCCGGAGCUGUUACUAGAACCCUUGAGAUUCCAAAUACCAACAUUUCUGGGACGACCAUGGAAGGAGUACUCGAGGGCUAUGAUAAUGGAAUCGACAUUGGCAGAUUUCAUUCAACCAGCAGGAUGGAUGCCAUGGGAUGGAAACCUAUAUCUUGAUACUCUGUAUUUUGCAGAGUAUGAAAACCGGGGACCAGGUGCAGCUACUGAUAAGCGGGUGAAAUGGAAGGGGUUUCAUGUGAUAACAGACAGGAAUCAAGCACUUCAGUUCACUGCUGGUCCAUUUAUUCAAGGAGGCCAAUGGUUGAGGAGUACCAGUGCACCCUUCUUCCUUGGAUUCAAAACCUAA